UGCUUGGUUUCCACAAGUUCUUGCUUUUCAGAACGUUAAUCAUUUGUUUUUGCUUUUUCGUCUUUUAUUUAUGACCGAAAACUUUGCAUACUAUGUGGCUCGCAGUCUUCGGUGUUGUUUCAGCUUUUACCAGCCUGUUUUUAUUUGUUUUUGAGAUGUUAUUUGUUGGCGCGGGAAGUUUGAAAGCGGUUAGCAGGCUAGCACUUAUCCAUUAGCAAGAUGUCAACUGAUGAACUCCGGUACCGGGACUCCUCCGGUCCGGACCGGUCCCCUAGCACCCCAGGCAUCGGGGAGGUUUUAAUCCGCUCCACUCGUGCUCCUUUUCUGAAGCGGGGACCGGGACCAGGACUAGGGCCAGUCCACAUCACUGUCCAGAAGGUGCCGGAUCCUCCCCACGUCCGGAGCCACCGACAGAAGCCGGGGAGCAAUGCCUCUUCCCGGCCGGAGGCGGAGGCAGACACCGCUUCAAAUCCUCUGACAUCAGGAAGUGGGGACGUGGUGACUUCCCGCUUCACGGGUGGAGGUCGAGGAGUCGUUCUGGAGGCUCUGAAGCAACGCUCCCACAGCGCCCCCCACAGGAGGGAGGUCAGUGUGCAGCUGUUGCAGCCUCCAGCUCUCAGCAUCCAGGAUGCAGGCGCAGCAGCAGGUGACCACGAGGAGGCGGGACCGUCCUCCCUCCACCGGGGAGACGAUGCAAACGCAGCAGCUGUGGCUGCAGCUGCAGCGGUCGCAGCAGCUGUUCCUAUCAUUAAGGUUCAGUCACAGAUGGAAGCUCGAAUGUCUCAGCUGAUGGAAGAUGUACAGAAACUAAUGCAGAAGGACAGGGAGAGCGGUGUCAGAGAGCGAAGCCUGGGCCCAGAGACACAGAAUAAUCAGCAGCUGCCGAGUCAGCUUCAGGAAUCUGCUCACUACAUCAGGACAAGACACGCCCCCACAACCUCUGACCCUACAGCUGCAGGCCGGCCCAACUUCCUGCAGGUCACACACCUGGAUGCAACAGACGGAAACGUUGUAGCCGAGCGGCCGCAGGGCUUCACGGCAACUGCAGCAUCUUCCGCCAUGGAAAGCGGCCUGUUCUCCAUGGAGACGUGGCGCCAUAACCAUCAAACCAGGGAUGACUGGCGUCUCCGAGGUCCUCAGAGAGAGUCCACUCACUCUCCGACCAAUCACAGCCUGGAGGCGGCCAGCAGAGCCAAUCAGGUGCUGAGAGAGAUGAGACAACUCAGGGCUGAGAUGAAAACACUACUAAAGAAGCCAGAAGACUUUCCGAUGACCAGCAGAGCUGCACAGGGACCCCCUCAGUCCCAGCUAACCCAGAGUCAGCAGAACCUAGUCCAGUUCCAACAGAAACAGGGCCAGCCAAACCAGGUGCACCAGGGCCAGGUCAGACAGAACCAGGUCCACUCAGACCAGGUCCACCCAAAUCAGCUCCAACCAGACAAGGUUCAACAGAGCCAGGUUCAACCAGACCAGUGCCCUCCGAACUAUGUCCAUAAAAGCCAGCUCCAUCCCGACCAGGUUCAACCAGACCAGGUCCAACAGGACCAGGUCUACACAAACCAGGCUCAACAGAACCAGGUUCAACCAGACCAGUUCCCUCAAAACCUUGUCCAUCCAAACCAGCUCCAACCAAACCAGGUUCAGCAGAGCCAAAUUCAUCCAGACCAGGUACAAGAGAACCAUGUUCAACCAGUCCAUAUCCAACAGAACCAGGUCCACCCAAAACAAAUCCAACCAGACCAGACCAAACGAAACAAGCCCAGACAUAAGAAAACUGAACAGAACCAGUCCAGACCAAACCAGUCUCAGCAGUACUGGUCCCAUGUGAACCAGUCUCAGUCCCAGAUAUCAAAGCAGUCCUGGGACAGGGAGUUCCAGAGGACGCCUGUGUCUCCAUCCCCUCUGGAAGAAGCAGCACAGGUUCUCCGUCAGGUCCGCAGACAGAAGAAACUCUUGGAGGAGAACCUGAUGUCGGUGCUGAGGUCUGUAAACGCCGAGGAGCUGCACUACCAGCUGGAGGCGCUGUGCACUAACAGCGACUGGACCCAGCAGGCCCGAAUCAGGAGGACCGUCGACGCCUGGAUCAACCUGCAGCCUAAGGCGCCGUCAGAAAACGUCAUCAACAGCAGAGCAACGGAUGCUGCUGUGACAUCACAGCGGCGAGCUCCCCGGAGCUCCGCCCCCUCAAGGAGGGGUAAGCCAGAGAUGACCGGGAAAGGAAUCAGAGCACAGACGGCUGCACCAAAAACGGAGGCGGAGCCUCAGAGAGGGAGGAGAACAGACAAGGAGCUGGACGGGGAGGCGUACCUGACGCGGCUGUACGGCCGGGCGCCAUACUCAGGCCUGAGACGCACCCUAAAGAAAGUCCCGUACAUGCGUUUCAACUCGCCGGCAUCACCGCUCUGCAGAAAGCCCCGCCCUCGCCUGGUGGAGAGUGUGAAAGGUGUGAAGCUGAAGUCCCGUAAGACGCAGACCAGGCCGACUCUUCCCUCUGCUGUAGCUCCACCCCUUUCAUGGACUCCUCCCCUCACAUCCUCGCCUGCACAGCCCCACCUCCGCAGCCCCGCCCACCUGUUCACUGGUGACCUCACUGACAGUCAACAUCCCAUCUCCAUGGCCAUACCUCUGGGUCGUCCCAGGAUAGAAUCUUCCUCUGUGCGAUGGCGUCCUCCACCUGACGUAGCGCCUCCCACCGGUCCUUCAGCUGCCAACAUGGUCGCCGUGGACGACGGAGCACCUGAGCGACAGCAGUGGGACACGGCUGAAGCUCCGCCCCCUCCUGUGACAUCAUGCAUUGUGGACAUCAUGGAGAGGAGGAGCGAGGAAGAUGAGGAGGACGAGGACAACGCUUUUCCUGGAACUGACUUUCUGUCUGUUGCUGACAUUGAACAGGAGGAGGAGAGUGUGGUGGCUGAAGAUGCUCUGGAGGUAGAUGGAGUUCCGUCCCCUCCUCCGGUUCAGUACCAGGGUCCAGUCUUCCCACCACAGGCCCCCGCUGCCCUGCCUGCCCAGGACCAGGGCCCCAUCCUGGGCUUCGAUGCACAGAGAGAUGCCCUGGAAGACCGACUGGUGGAAUGGGUGGAGCAGCAGGUGAUGGCUCGAGUGAUCUCAGAGAUGAUCCACCCUCCUCCCAAUGACCCCACACAGUCUGACCACACUGGCCAAUCAGAUGAGGAGCAGAGCGUCACCUCAGACAUAGUGGAGGCAGCUGGAGGUGCAGGUCUGCAGCUGUUCGUGGACUCCAACACGUCAGUGGACUCGGAGUUGAUCCGGCAGCUCGUGAUCGAGGUUCUCACUGAGAUUCUGACCCAAAUGUUGGGUCAGAGUCAGGAACCAGCACUAAGCCCGGGACCAGGACCAGGACCAGGACUGGACCCAGAGGGACCAGAAGCACAGAAGCAGGACGAAGUGCUGAGUACACCGGUACCAACCCCACCUCCCAACCUGGCCCUGCCCACCAGCAGGGAGGCAACACCCAUAGCCACGCCCCCUCCAUCUGAACCAGCCACUCCGCUGAACGAGGAGCCCGCUCAGUCCCUGACUCCAGAGCAUGUGGCCACGCCCACUCCCAGCCCAGAGCCCACCCCCACAGCAAGAAGUCCAACUCCUAAUCAAGCUCCGCCUACUUCCAACUGGGGAAAUGUUGAGCUGCCAUUGGACGAGGAGAAACCAGAGGAAGACCUGAACACACACCAGCAAACACUACUGAUGACAGUUGCAGAGGAGGAGCCUCCUCUAUCCUCCCCUCGUUCCCCCUGCCUCCCCCCUGCUCCCUCCCCAGCUCCUCCCCCUGACCCCGGACCAGCAUCACCCAGCAGCUCCUCAGAGGAGUCCAGCUCCUCUUCCUCCUCCUCCUCCUCUUCCUCCUCCAGCACUGCAGUGACGGCAGGAACUGAGGCCGCUCUGAAGCACAUCUCAGAGGGAGAGCUGCUCAUCAAUUUCAACCAACAGGCUGCCAUGACAGUGGAGGAGGACGCCAUCUGCAGCUUUUCCAGCUCCCUGCAGGGGUGUCAGGACAUGGACUUUGACCCCCCCAGUGAGGGACAGGUCGAGGGUCACGACCUCUUUCUGAGACGCCUGACAAAGAGCAGAGGGGAGCGUCCACAGCCGGAGGGCUCCUGGGGGAGGGAGGAGCAAGAGGAGGUGAGCGUCGGAGAGGUGAGUGACGACGGCACGGUGAAGCCGAGUGGAGCAUGGAGUCAGACGUCACCGGGUCAGAUCAACCAAGCUGCAGACGUGUCUGAGCAGAGCAAUGAAGGAGCCAAUCAGAUCCUGGGAACCACAGGCGACACGGAGGUGGAGCCUAUGGGCACGUUGACCUCUGACCUCUUCACAGACCAGUCCCCAUCUUCUCCUCCUGAUCCUCCUCAGCAGGGGGGAGCAAACACAGCAGGACAGGUGGUCCUGGUCUGCAGCUCAGCCUCACAUACUGCUGCACAGCAGGAGGAGGAGGAGGAGGAGGUGGAAGAAGGUAGAAUUCCAUCAGACUCCUCUGAUGAUGUUUUCUGACUGUUACCAUGGCGAUGUUUCCUGUUCAAGGUUUUACUGUUUCUCACUGUUCCAAGUUCCAAUUUUCAUUAAAUAAAUGCUUUAUA